AUGUGUUCCAGUCAGGCCCGGAAUAACGCCGGGUACAACGACACUUCUCGCGGAGCGCGGAUUACGAGGAUCGUGCAUCAGACAUGGAAGAACGAAAGCAUACCGAAAGUAGCCGUGAACUGGAUCAAGAAGUGGCAAAAGACGAACCCAGAUUGGGAAUAUUGGUUCUGGACGGAUAAAGAUGUGGAGAUUUUCUUUCAGAAAAAGUAUCCGCAGUUUUUAAACUUGUAUAAAAAUUUCCCGCGUUCACAUGCGGCGAUUCAGCGCGCGGACAUGAUGCGGUAUUUUAUCCUUUACGAAUAUGGCGGAGUGUAUGCCGACCUUGACCUUGAACCCAUGAAGUCCUUGAACCCUAUCAGUGACAGGUAUCCGUGCAUAUUUUCCGAGGAACCGGAGGAGCACUCAAAAAUCCUCCGGCCAAAAUAUCUAAACGAGUACGGAGCGCUCGUUUGUAACGCGUUCAUUGCUUGUCGUCCUGGACAUCCGUUUUUGAAAUACAUUUUAGAUCAUUUAGAAGAAAGCUUCAACAAGACUCUAAAAACUAAAAGCGUGAUGUAUAGCACUGGGCCAGCGAUGGUGUCAGUUCUACACGCAGAAUAUAUAAAAUCACGACCGGAUUUGUGCCAUAACGAACGUGAUCGUGCAAUCGUUGCGGAUUCAAAAUAUUUUAUGGGCAUCUACGACGGAUCGCAGACUCCCAAGCUCGCCCACAUGUGCGCAACUAAAGAGAACUUGCCAGAGUUUCGGAGCAAAGCCUGCGAACGCCUCAUUCGUAGGAUGUUUCAGAACAGACCAGGGAAGGACACUUAUACAGUGCACCAUUGGUUCCACACAUGGACACCAAAGGGACAAAAGUACCUCCCACAGAAAGGCCAUCCGGCGAUUCAUAUCAAAGAGGUGCUUCCCAAAGCGAAACUUGUGGGGGACAUGUUCGGUUUUCAAUAG